UCCGCGGUGCUGAAGUCGCACCGCGAACAUCGCUCUGUUAAGCUACUACACGGCACUAAAACAACUUGGCCACCCUUCAAAAAAAAAAAAAAAAAUGCACACCACCAUGAAGGGAAUAUCGUCGAAACUUUUCCUGCUCUCGUUCCUGUUUUUUAACGGGACGACCCAGGACGUGGAGAAGACGCAGUUCAUCUGCACCUCCGUGCCGAAGGAUGUGGACUUGUGCUCGGCCGUUGUGCAGAACAGCGGCGGUGUGGAAGAUUUGAAGACAACCGUUAUGCAGUUAAGAGAGACCGUGCUGCAGCAGAAGGAAACCAUUAUGAACCAAAAAGACACAAUCAGGGAGCUGACCUCUAAAUUAGGUCGCUGCGAGAGCCAGAGUCAGCCCGAGCCCGGAGACGGCAGGGCCGGGGGCAGGAGGAAAGAACCGGGGUCCAAAAACACGAUGGGGGACGUGUCCAGGGGUCCACCCAACACCCUGGCACAGCUGGAGCAGACGUUACAAUCACUGAGACAGCGGCUGGAGAAUCUUGAGCAAUUCAGCCGGAACAAUAAUUCAGCGCAAGCGAACAGCCUGAAGGACCUGCUUCAGAAGAAAAUCGACGACCUGGAGAAGCAGGUCCUGUCCCGUGUGAACAGUUUGGAGGAGAGUGACGCUGGUCUGAGGAACGAGACCGAGCAGCGCGGUAAAGUGGAAACUACGCUCACCUCCCUACACCAGCGGAUCACCGACCUGGAAAAAGGUCAGAAAGACAACAGGCCACUCGAUAAAUUCCAGCUGACCUUCCCAAUGCGAACCAACUACAUGUACGCCAAAGUGAAGAAGAGCAUUCCGGAGAUGUACGCGUUCACCGUGGCGAUGUGGAUCAAGUCUAACGCCUCUCCGGGAGUGGGAACGACGUUCUCCUACGCUGUUCCGGGACAGGCCAACGAGCUGGUGCUCAUCGAGUGGGGGAACAACCCCAUGGAGAUUCUCAUAAACGACAAGGUGGCGAAGCUGCCCUUCCUCAUUAAUGACGGGAAGUGGCACCACAUCUGCGUGACGUGGACGACGCGGGACGGCGUGUGGGAGGCCUUCCAGGACGGCGUCCAGAGGGGCAACGGUGAAAACCUGGCUCCCUACCACCCAAUCAAACCACAGGGGGUGCUCGUGCUGGGACAGGAACAGGACACCCUAGGAGGUGGUUUUGAUGCCACACAGGCCUUUGUUGGCGAGAUGGCGAAUUUCAACAUCUGGGACAAGAAGCUUUCUGCCGGAGAGGUGUACAGCCUGGCCACAUGCAGCAACAAAGCGCAGACCGGCAACGUCUUCUCCUGGGCGGAGACCGGCAUCGACAUCUACGGCGGGGCGUCCAAGUGGACCUUCGAGCCCUGCCUUCAACUCAACUGAAGGGUUUUUCGCGAGGGAAAAGCGUACGGAAAUGCGCCGUCCCCGAACUCUGCGUGUCAAAGGACGUAGGAAAAUAUGGACACGUUCGUGUGAAGAAAGGGACUACUUCAUUUUAGCUAGAUAUGGGGGAAAAAAGAAGAAAAUAAGAGAUUUUUGUGGAUUUCUUGGAAUGUAGCAAGACGGUAUUAUCCUUUUUGAAGAGUAGGUUUUUUUUUUUUGGAAUGUUUUUUGCAACAUUCUAAGUCGGUGUUCUAGAACUCGGCUGCUUUCAAUCACCAGGAGUGAUUGUUAUACUGGUCAGAAUAAGAAUGUUCAGUUAAGAACGUUCUAGCUGACAUAUUUUUGAUC